AUGCCACCGCGCCGCCGCCCAUCCUCCGGCUACCACGGCGUCCGCGCGUGGCCGAGCGGCCGAUUCGACGCGGAGAUCCGCUCCGGCGAGGAGCGGAUCCGUCUCGGCACAUUCGACACGGCGCACGAGGCGGCGCGCGCCUACGACGCCGUCGCGUGGCGGCUCGGCCGCUCCCGGCGGUCGUUAAACUUCCACGACGUCUACACCCGCGAGCAGGCGGAGAUGCUCGCGCCGCCGCCGCCCGUCAUCACGCAGGAGCAGGCGCGCCGGCGACGCGAGCUGGAGCAGUGCCUCCUCAUCGCGGAGCGCGACGAGGCGAUGCGCGUCGAGUGGGCGCGGCGCUUCCCCGAAGACCUCGCCGCGACGGAGGCCUUCUACGCGCAGAAGGAGGAGGAGAAGUUGAAUAAGACCAAGCGUAAGGAGUGGAUAUUCAGGCGGACAACCAAGAUCCCUAUAUCAGCACCAUGA